AUGUCUGACAGCCCGAGUGCACCUGUGAUGACGCCGCUGUCACGUGACUUUGUUUGGAGCAGGAAGCAGACGGAGCGGGCUGGACCUAACCCCGGCCGUAGCUGGUCACUUCAUAUCUUUUUGGCGUACACAAUGGAGCUGUUUCAAGCCAAGGACCAGUACAUACUCCAGAGCGGGGACCGAGCGCUUUGGUGCAGCCGAAAAGAUGGGACCAUGGCGCUCAGACCUGCGACAGACCUGCUUUUGGCCUGGAACCCUGUGUGUCUGGGUAUCGUCGAGGGCAUUAUUGGAAAAAUACAACUUCAUGCAGAUCUCCCUUUGGGCCUGGUUUUAAUCCGACAGAAAGCCCUGGUUGGAAAUCUACCCCCGGACAACCACAAAGUCUACAAAAUCACCAAAAUCGCUGUUAUUCCACUGUCUGAUGAGGAACCCCAGGAACUCGAAUUGGAGCUCUGUAAAAAACAUCACUUUGGCAUCGAGAAACCAGAGAAACUGGCCCAGUCUCCCGAUGAGUCAAAGUUCCUGAUGAAAACGUUGAGCCAGAUCAAAUCCAAUGUCGGUGGCCCCAUCAAGAAAAAGUAUUCCCCUGCUGCGUUCCAGGUGAAGGAAAACAAAGAGAAGGAGCGGCUGGAGCGACGGCUUCUCGACGAACUCUACAAGAUAUUUAUGGACUCGGAUUCUUUCUACUACAGCCUGACGUAUGACCUCACCAACACUGUGCAGAGACAGGGGGAGGUCCAGAGCUCCGGGCUGCCACUGUGGAAGAGGGUGGAUGAUCGAUUUUUCUGGAACAAAUACAUGAUUCAAGACCUCAUAGAUCUUCAGGUCCCAGAUGUGGAUUUCUGGGUGAUCCCGGUGAUCCAGGGCUUCGUGCAGGUGGAGGAGCUGGUGGUGAACUAUAACGAGACCGUGGACGAGGAGCGCAGCAGCCCAGAGACGCCUCCACAGGAAGUGAUGUGCGUGGACGACAUUCACCCUCGCUUCACCGUGGCCCUGAUCUCCAGACGCAGCCGGCACAGAGCAGGGAUGCGUUACAAGCGGCGGGGCGUGGACACAGAGGGGCACGUGGCAAACUACGUAGAGACAGAGCAGCUGAUCCACGUUCACAGUCACACACUGUCCUUUGUCCAGACGCGAGGCUCCGUACCAGUGUUCUGGAGCCAAGCCGGGUAUCGCUACAACCCCCGACCACGCCUCGAGAAGGGAGAAAAGGAGACCAUGCCUUAUUUUGCGUCACAUUUCGAACAACAGCUGAAGCUCUACAAGAAACAAGUCAUCAUUAACUUGGUGGAUCAGGGCGGUCGUGAGAAAAUCAUCGGUGACGCAUACCUAAAGCAAGUGCUGCUGUACAACAACGCAGACCUCACCUACGUGUCAUUCGACUUUCACGAACACUGCCGUGGCAUGAGGUUUGAAAAUGUGCAGGUUUUGACAGAUGCCAUUUCUGAUAUCAUCACAGACAUGAAGUGGGGCUGGGUGGAUCAGGCUGGAGUCAUCUGCAACCAGGAGGGCAUAUUUAGAGUAAACUGUAUGGACUGUUUGGACAGGACCAAUGUGGUACAAGCUGCUUUUGCCCGAGUGGUGAUGGAACAGCAGUUAAAGAAGUUGGGAGUGAUGCCUCCAGAGCAGCCGCUGCCGGUGAAGUGUUACAGGAUUUAUCAGAUCAUGUGGGCGAACAACGGAGACACCAUCAGCCGGCAGUACGCGGGAACAGCAGCACUCAAGGGCGACUUCACCAGGACAGGAGAGCGGAAACUGGCUGGAGUCAUGAAGGAUGGCGUCAACUCUGCAAACCGCUACUAUCUCAACCGCUUCAGGGAUGCGUACAGACAGUCCGUCAUAGACCUGAUGAUGGGUCUGCCGGUGACCGAGGACCUGUACUCCAUCUUCAGUAAAGAGAAGGAGCACGAGGAGAAGGAGCAGGAGAGUCAGCGAGGAGCGCAGGAGCAGGUCAGUCUGCUCCUUCAGACCUACAUGCAGCUGCUGCUCCCGGACGACGAGAACUUCCACGGAGGAUGGGCCCUGAUCAACUGUGACAUGAGUCUCAUCGAUGCGAAUAACAAAGAAGUGGAUGUGCUGCUUCUUCUGUCGAACAAGGCCUAUUACAUCGCAUACUAUGACGAAGAGGCCGACAAAGUGAACCAGUACCAGCGACUGAAGUUGGAGGGUUUGGAGAAAAUAGAAAUCGGCCCAGAGCCGACGUUGUUUGGUCGCCCUAAAUACUGCUGCAUGCGUCUCCACUACAGAAAUGAGGACGCGAGUGGAUAUUUUCACACGCUACGAGCUGCUACCAGGAACCCGGACGACGAUGGCAAAGAUACACUCCAAUGCAUAGCUGAGAUGCUCCGGAUAACAAAACAAGCCAUUGGGAUGGACCUGUUCGUGGCGGAAAAGAAACUCGAGAGGCGGCAGAGCAGACCUCACGAGGACAUCAUGGGGAUCCAAAACAAAGGCUCGGACCAGACCCAGGGCACCUCCGGUCUGGCUCAGGGGAAGAGCUUCCUCCUCAACAAGUUUUCAUCCUUGAAUCAAAAAGUGAAACAAACCAAAACCAAUGUAAACAUCGGACCUUUUAAACCUUUCGGAAACUUAGCCAAACCGGACGUCAAGGUGAACUUCUUGAAGCCGAACAUGCACGUGACGCUGUGGAAGUCGGACAGCAGUUUGGAGACUUCGGACAGUAAUCCUGGAGCAACGCACAAAGAUCUAGCAGGACAUUCGGAGAUCUCUUCCGAUUCGGAUUCUUACAACUCCGACCCGGAACGCUGCUCUGGGUCUUUAGAAAACGUGGACUAUGUUUUACCUAGCUGUGGUAUCGUGGCGUCCAAUCCACGUUUGGGCAGCCGGUCCCAGUCUAUCAGUAGCGUAGAGCUCAAUAUUCCAAUCCGAGUGACUGGUUGCGACGGUAAACAACAGGACAACGUGACUAUUCCUGAAGACAUGUCACCGGGCACUGCUUCUGUUGCUGAAGAGGCUUUGCUAAUCGAUUUCGGAACGCCGAUCGACGCCUACUGCCAUCAAUUUGCCCAAGACGCACAGACGAUUCCAGUGGAAGUGUUUGGAGAGUGCAAUGUCGUCACAAACCCAAUGCCAGCUCAGAUGUCGGACCUGGAGAAGGCCACGGAGGCGUCGCAAAGCAAGCCCCAGCCGCCGCGACCGUCCCAACUCGACGUUCAGGCUUCGACCAACGCCGGACUGUCGGUGCAGAAGCCGAAUUCCGCAGUUUCGGGUGGUUCUCAGCGGAGCUUGUCGUCGGUGAUGGAAGGUAGCUUAGGCCCGUCUCCUGCGGACAGCAACGGCAGCAGAGUGGUUUCUCCGUUUGCCAAAAUCAAGAGCUCCAUGGUGCAAGUGGCUAGUUUGACGCAAGCCGGACUUACGCAAGGGAUCAACUACGCGGUGGCGAAGGUGCAGAAAAGUCCAGAGCCAGAUUCAGUCAAUGAGGCCCAAGAGAACGAGCUGCGGGCUAUGUUCACCCAGUGCCAGACCAGAAUCAUCCAGAUCUGA